UUGCAGCCGUGGAGGACAUCUAGCAUGGGACACCUUGGAGGUUUAUUUCUUUUGGUCGUCUCCGUUUCGUGGCAUCAUAUUCUGGGUUCUGCAGGCCACUCUCUGCCCGCCUGCCAUGAGCAGCUGGAGUUCAGGUGCAGCGAUGGUUCAUGCAUCUCGGGGCUGAAGUUGUGUGACAGUCACACAGACUGCAAGGAUGGUUCAGAUGAGCAGCACUGCAGUCAUGCGAGGUGUAAGAAAGAUGAAUUUGCAUGCCGCAGCAGACGGUGCAUCUCUAAACGUUUCCUAUGCAACGGCGUAGAUGACUGUGGUGACGGGAGCGACGAGGAUUCCUGCCAGAACUGCCCCCCCCCGGUCUUCUCCUGCGGGCUGUCUGACAUUUGUCUGCCCAGACAUAAGCUGUGUGAUGGACGGACAGACUGCAAGGACGGGCGGGAUGAGAGCCAGGAAAUGUGUGGGUUGACGCAACCUCGCCCCAAAACAUCUCCCAAAUGUGCAGCUUCAGAGUUUCAGUGUGGAAAUGGCCAGUGCAUCAGCCAGGCCUGGAGGUGUGACCACUCACCGGACUGCUCUGAUGGCAGCGAUGAGGACGACUGUAGACUGUAUCAGAACCAGUGCCAGGUCAAUAAUGGAGGCUGUUCUCACGAGUGUGUGGACCAGCCUAUGGGUUUCCUCUGCCUCUGUCCUGACAACAUGAGGCUGGUCAGGGACAGCCAGUGUGAGGAUGUCGACAUGUGCCUGGAAACAGAUGUGUGUGAUCAGCUGUGUGUUCACAUGAACGGCAGCCUCACCUGUGACUGCCACGAGGGCUACACCAUGAAUCCAACAACCAGAGAGUGCAAGGCCAAAGGAGAUGAGGCUCAGCUGGUUUUCACCUCUUCUAAAGGAAUACAACGGAGCAGCAUCCCUGGUACAGAGCACAGGGAACUGGCCCCACAUUUACCAGGACCGGGGCCUGUGGCAGCCUUGAUCUCAAACAGCACACUGUACUGGGCCCAGAAAGGACGAGGCUCCAUAUACAGGGUCUCCAUGGAUGGAAAGGAUGCCAUGCUAGUGCUGAAUGUUAAAGGUUCAGUGUCCGCCCUGGCUGUGGACUGGAUCCACCAGCUCCUCUACUGGACCAGCAUGGAGAGUGGUUCUGUUAAUGUCGGCCUGCUGGACGGUUUGGCACAGCGUCAGCUCAUCACAGGUCUGGACAAACCUUCUGCAGUGGCUGUGGAUCCUCUCCAGGGGUUGCUUUUUUGGGCUCAAUGUGGCAGCUUCCCAAAGAUUGAGGGAGCCAGCUUGGACGGCCGGGACAGAAUGGCUCUGGUCACUUCCUCGAUACGCCACCCUGUUGCCCUCUCUCUGGAUAUACCUCGCCAGCUGCUGUACUGGGUUGAUCAGGGAAUGAGAAGCAUCUCCAGAGUAAAUCUAGAAGGCCGGGAACGUAAAACAGUGGUCGAGUCUAACGGCUAUCUAGAUCGUCCCUUCGGACUGGCUGUGUUUGAGGGUUUUGUGUAUUGGAGUGAAGAAGUUACACGCUCCAUCUGCCGAGCAAACAAGCACAAUGGCCGCCAACUUCAAGUACUGCUGACAAAUAUUACCUCGCCAGGCAGUGUGGUCAUCUCUCAGCCUGUUCUUCAGCCAAAUGGGCCAUCCGUGUGUGGACGUCCCGGGACAAUGUGCCGGCAUAAGUGUGUUGUCAGCCUGCUGUCUGACAUCCCAGAGUUCAGCUGCAUUUUCCCAGAAACACAACAAAAUAAGUCUCAAGCAUUUCCUGCUAUCUCUCGCACCGUGCCUGCAACGACUCUGUCUGAUCCCACGUUUACCGGGAUCCUCUUCCUUAUUGUGUUUCUCACUUUGCUGCUGGUGGGAAUGGCUGUGUGGUGGUGGAGAGAGGAGUUCAGCCCGUCCAAGUCUCUUAUAGUGCAGAGCUUUUACCUCAAAGAGUCCCAGGACCCGCUCAUCACCCGGGGGCCACCCAUGGGUCCAAACUCAUGUCUCACCAAGGAAACUCUGCCUAAGCUGGACUUGGACAAUGAAUGA